AGGUGAUAACGUCAUAUCCGCCCCUGUGCUUUUUUAAUAUUUCUUAAACCGGCCGGGAAGGGUAACCCCGUGGCGUUCGCUGGGCGGAGUCUUUUUCCCUGUGGCCGCUGAGAAGCAGCCAUGACGGAGCCGAAGGUAUUGGUGAUUGAUGGACGUGGCCAUUUGCUGGGCCGCCUUGCAGCCAUUGUGGCUAAGCAAGUCCUGCUGGGGCGCAAAGUUGUGGUCGUGCGAUGUGAAGGGAUUAACAUAUCUGGCAACUUCUACCGCAACAAAUUGAAAUACCUUGCUUUCCUUCGCAAGCGUAUGAACACCAACCCAUCCCGUGGCCCAUAUCACUUCCGUGCUCCCAGUCGAAUCUUCUGGAGAACAGUUCGAGGAAUGCUCCCUCACAAAACCAAGCGUGGUCAGGCUGCCUUAGAGAGGCUGAAGGUUUUUGAUGGCAUCCCCCCACCUUAUGAUAAGCGCAAGAGGAUGGUGGUCCCAGCUGCCCUGAAAGUGGUCCGGCUCAAACCCACACGCAAGUUUGCUUAUUUGGGCCGCCUUGCCCAUGAGGUUGGGUGGAAGUACCAGGCCAUCACGGCCACUCUGGAAGAGAAGCGCAAAGAGAAGGCCAAGCUUCAUUAUACAAAGAAGAAGAAACUUAUGAAACUCCGAAAGCAAGCAGAGAAAAACGUGGAGAGCAAAAUUGCUAAAUACACAGAUGUCCUGAAGCAGUAUGGUAUCUUGGUUUAGAUCAAGGUCUAGGUUCAGUUACAAUAAAGAAUAUAGUUUACAGUC